AUGACUACAUAUCCAAUAAUAGAGAAGUUUACUUUAUCGUUUUCAAAUAUUUCAACUGAAAUCUAUUCUCUAAUUAAUUCAAUUCGACCUGAUUGGAAUUCAUCGAAUACUCGUUUAGUAACUUUUACCGAGGGUUUAACAAAUGUAAUCGUAGGUCUUUUUGAUAAUAGAAAUCCUGACGAUGAAUCUAAAACGUUGAUUAUUAAAAUUUAUGGUGCUCAGACAGAAUCGUUUAUUGACCGAGAAUCUGAAAUAAAUGCUAUGAAAAUAUUAUCUGAACACGGUGUUUUCUCCCAACGUAUUCUUAUUCAAUUUAAUAAUGGGAUCAUAUAUGAAUAUGCAUCAGGGCAAACAUGUUCAAGAGAAAAUGUAAGAAAAGAGAAUAUUGUACGUUUGAUUGCACUUAAACUUGCCCAAAUGCAUAAUGUACCAGUUCAAAGAGCUGAGAAACCUUAUAUUAUUAUAUCAUUACGUCGAUUUAUUCAGUUGCUUGAUGGAAGUUCAUUUGAUUUAUCUUCAAUUCGAUCAGAUGUUGAUGCAAUAGAAGAACGAAUUCUUCCUCGUCUUAUUUCAAAUGCUGAAUUAGGCAAAGAUCUUGUAUUAUGUCACAAUGAUUUACUUGUUAAAAAUAUAAUUUAUAACGAAAAAACGGCAACAGUAUCAUUUAUUGAUUUUGAAUAUGCGCAUUUUAAUUAUGCUUUAUUUGAUAUUGCAAAUCAUUUUGUUGAGUAUGCUGGUGUCGAUAAUGCAGAUUUUACUAUAUAUCCAGGCCGAGAAGAACAAAAAAAAUGGUUAGAAAUCUAUUUUCAAGCUCGUGGAAUGAGUCAAAAAAUAAUUGAUGACGAUCUAUGUCAUCUUGUUGACCAAUUUUCGGCUUUAGCACAAUUAAUGUGGGGACUUUGGGGAUUAGUUCAAGCACGUAUAUCACAAUUGGAUUUUGAUUAUGUAAAUUAUGCAAAAAUGAGACUAGAUUGUUAUGAAAAUUUACGAUCAAAGCUUUUUGAAAAAGAAUAA